AUGGCAUUGGGAGAUCUCAUGGAGUCCAGGCUCGGCCACUCCUCGUCCUCGCCGUCGCCGUCGCCGGCCGCGGCCGCGGCCCCGGUGCCGCCGCCGCCCCAUCGGCAUCACAACCACCAGAACCACGUCGCGGAUGACCUCCCCGUCGCCAACGGGCCGGAGCCCAGGAACGGGCUGGAGGUCGCCGAGGUGGAGAAGCCGGCGCCCGUGGCGUACCUGCCCCAGGUGGUCGUGCUGUGCGAGCAGCGCCACCAGGGGAUCGACGAGGCUACGGCCGCCGCCGCAGCGCCCUCCACCAGCGGGCUCGUCUCAAAGUGGCGACCCAAGGACCGGAUGAAGACUGGAUGUGUUGCACUUGUAUUGUGUUUAAACAUAAGUGUUGAUCCACCUGAUGUAAUUAAGAUUUCCCCUUGUGCAAGAAUGGAGUGCUGGAUAGAUCCUUUCUCUAUGGUACCUCCUAAAGCUCUUGAAAGUAUUGGAAAAACUUUGCAUUCUCAGUAUGAGCGCUGGCAACCUAAGGCUCGAUACAAGCUUCAGCUGGAUCCAACAGUGGAGGAAGUUAAGAAGCUUUGUAAUACUUGCCGCAAAUAUGCCAGAUCAGAGAGAGUCCUUUUCCAUUAUAACGGCCAUGGUGUACCAAAGCCUACAUCUAAUGGUGAGAUUUGGGUGUUUAACAAGAGCUACACACAGUAUAUUCCACUUCCAAUUACUGAUCUUGAUUCAUGGCUGAAGACACCUUCCAUUUAUGUUUUUGAUUGCUCAGCAGCUGGAAUUAUUGUGAAAGCUUUUCUAGAGCGCCUAGACUGGAGUUCUACCUCCUCUGCAUCUUCACAGAAGGAUUGCAUUCUUCUUGCUGCCUGCGAAGCACAUCAAAUGCUACCUCAGAGUGCAGAAUUUCCUGCUGAUGUGUUUACGGCUUGCCUCACAACGCCCAUCAAAAUGGCUUUGCACUGGUUUUGUAAGCGAACAUUACUCUGUGGUUCUCUGGAUCAUUCUCUUAUUGACCAAAUUCCUGGAAGGCAAAAUGACCGUAAAACACUUCUUGGAGAGCUCAAUUGGAUUUUUACUGCUAUAACAGAUACUAUCGCAUGGAAUGUUCUCCCUCAUGAUCUGUUCCAAAGGCUUUUCAGGCAAGACCUUCUUGUUGCUAGUCUCUUCCGUAACUUCUUGCUUGCUGAGAGAAUCAUGCGAUCUGCAAACUGUUCUCCAGUUUCUUAUCCAUUGUUACCACCAACACAUCAACACCAUAUGUGGGAUGCAUGGGACAUGGCUGCUGAGAUUUGCCUUUCCAAGCUUCCUCAGUUAAUCGCUGAUCCAAAUGCAGAGUUUCAGCCAAGUCUGUUUUUUACGGAACAACUGAUGGCUUUCGAAGUGUGGCUCGAUCAUGGCUCUGAGGACAAGAAACCUCCUGAACAGUUACCCAUAGUUCUUCAGGUCCUGCUUAGUCAAUCACAUAGAUUUAGAGCACUUGUUCUGCUUGGAAGAUUUCUUGACAUGGGACCAUGGGCAGUUGAUUUGGCCCUGUCUGUCGGAAUAUUUCCUUAUGUACUCAAACUACUUCAAACAAGUGCAAUGGAGUUACGUCAAAUUCUAGUGUUUAUAUGGACAAAAAUUCUCUCUCUUGAUAAGUCAUGUCAGGUUGACUUGGUUAAAGACGGAGGACAUGGGUAUUUUAUUAGGUUUCUUGACAGUUUGGAUGCUUUCCCAGAACAGCGUGCAAUGGCCGCUUUUGUUAUAGCAGUCAUUGUGGAUGGGCAUAGGACGGGUCAAGAGGCUUGUAUGAAUGCAGGGCUUAUAGAUGUUUGCCUGAGACAUCUGCAACCUGAGAAUCCUCAUGCACAAACAGAACCUUUGCUUUUGCAGUGGCUUUGUUUAUGCCUUGGGAAACUCUGGGAAGAUUUCCCUGAGACUCAGUUACUUUGUCUGCAAACAAAUGCACCAGAAAUUGUAAUAUGCUUAUUGUCAGAGCCUCAACCUGAGGUCAGAGCUGCUGCUGUUUUUGCACUAGGGAAUCUCCUUGAUAAUACGUUAAAUGGCUCUGAUGAUGAUUCUGAUGAUGAAGAAAAGGUGAAAGCUGAAAUAAAUGUAGUUCGAAGCCUUCUGCAGAUGUCUUCAGAUGGUAGUCCCCUUGUUAGAUCUGAGGUUGCUAUAGCGCUUACUCGCUUUGCGUCGGGUCACAACAAACAUCUCAAAUCUGUUGCUGCGGAGUAUUGGAAACCUCAAUCCAAUUCGUUGCUGAAGUCACUACCAUCAUUGGCAAAUAUAAGUAAUCCAAGCAAUGUUUACAGUCCCAACAACAGCAUUGGUCCUGUGCUGAGGGUUGGCAGUGAUAGCGGUGCCGCUGGUCGUGAUGGAAGAAUUUCUACAAGCAGCCCAAUUGCAACAAGUAGCAUCAUGCAUGGCUCUCCCCAGUCAGACGAUUCUUCCCAACACUCUGAUUCAGGCAUAUUACUGAGGGAGAAUGCAAGUAAUGGUGGUCUCAGCUAUGCUAGGCCGAGGCAUGUCGAUAAUGUCAUUUAUUCUCAAUUUAUAUCAACUAUGUGUUCUGUUUCUAAAGAUCCUGACCCAAGAAUUGCGAGUAUUGGUCGGAGAGCACUGUCCCUUAUAGAUGUUGAACUAGUGGUCAUGAAAAAUACCAGAUUUAACAGUGGAGGUCCACAUCGAGGAGAGACAUCUUCGUCAAACUAUGGAAUGGCACGCUCUUCUUCUUGGCGUGAUAUGAAUUCUGGAAGCUACUCGAUGAAAUUUAUGACCCCUCCUGUUAGCCCCCCUCAGCAUGAUUAUCUUAUAGGAUUACGCCGAGUGUGUUCUAUGGAGUUUGGACAGCAUCCUAUAAAUUCACCUGAUGGAUUAGCUGAUCGCCUUUUAAGCUCUGCUGCAGGCCUCAGUAAUAGAGAACCACUUCCCCAAUCAACAAUUUACAACUGGAGUUGUGGUCACUUCUCUAGGCCACUUUUAACUGUCUCUGAUGAUAAUGAAGAAACCAAUGCUAGAAGAGAAGAGAGAGAACGAAUUGCACUAGAUUACAUCACUAAGUGCCAACGCUCCUCUUGCAAGAUGACAAGCCAAAUUGCUAGUUGGGAUACAAGGUUUGAUUUGGGAACAAAAGCAGCUUUAUUGUUGCCAUUUUCUCCAAUCGUCGUUGCAGCUGAUGAAAAUGAACAGAUAAGAGUGUGGAACUACGGCGAUGCACUACCAGUGAACUCUUUUCAAAACCAUAAGUUAUCCGACAGAGGGCUAUCUAAACUUUUGCUUAUCAAUGAGCUUGAUGAGAGCUUGCUUUUGGCCGCCUCAAGUGAUGGAAAUGUACGUAUAUGGAAAAAUUUUGCUCAAAAGGGAGGACAGAAACUUGUAACUGCUUUCUCAUCAGUUCAGGGACAUCGAGCUGCUGGUCGCAGUAUUGUGAUUGACUGGCAGCAGCAAUCUGGUUAUCUGUAUGCAUCUGGUGACAUGUCUUGCAUCUUGGUAUGGGACCUUGAUAAGGAACAGCUUCUCAGCACCAUUCAGUCAACUGCUGAUAGUGCCAUUUCUUCCCUGUCUGCAUCUCAGGUCCGCUCCGGACACUUUGCUGCUGGUUUUGCUGAUGGUUCUGUCAGGAUAUAUGAUGUUCGCUCUCCUGAUAGGCUUGUCUAUCUGGCCAGGCCGCAUGCCCCAAGAACGGAAAAGGUUGUGGGCAUAGGGUUUCAGCCUGGGUUUGAUCCAUACAAGAUUGUAAGUGCAUCACAAGCUGGAGACAUUCAGUUUCUUGAUGUUAGAAGGGCAGCAGAACCCUACCUGACUAUUGAGGCACACAGGGGUUCACUUACAGCUUUAGCGGUUCAUCGGCAUGCCCCAGUUGUUGCUAGUGGCUCAGCCAAGCAGAUGAUUAAAGUGUUUAGUCUUGAAGGAGAGCAGUUGACGAUUAUUCGCUACCAGCCAUCUUUUAUGGGUCAAAGAAUAGGCAGUGUAAAUUGCCUUUCUUUUCAUCCAUACAAAUCACUCCUGGCUGCUGGUGCUAGUGAUAAUGCUCUUGUCUCUAUCUAUGCUGAGGAAAAUUACAAGUAA